CCAGAGAAGAAAACGACAGCCCAAAUUGUUGGAACCUUCUUCCCCCAAAUUCCAAUUAUAAAAUGCUCUCUGCUCCUCACUCUCUGCUACUUACCCCAGAACGACGCCGUUUCAGAUUCCGAUGUCUUGGUUCAGAAGCCUCAUCCACGUCUCGGCGGCCAGAGCCUACUCAUCAUCCUCGUCGUCUUCAGCCAAAUCCAGAAUCACUGAACCUUUCUCUUACUCUCUCCUCUCAUGCUUCACCACCGAGGCCCGACCGCCGGCGUUGUACUCCGGCUUGGGGGCGACGAAGCCCGGCGAGAAGCCGAGGGUGGUGGUGCUGGGGACGGGGUGGGCCGGGUGUCGGCUCAUGAAGGGGUUGGACACGAAGCUCUACGACGUCGUUUGCGUCUCGCCGAGGAAUCACAUGGUGUUCACGCCGCUGCUGGCGUCCACGUGUGUGGGCACUCUGGAGUUUAGGUCGGUGGCGGAGCCAAUUGGGAGGAUCCAACCCGCCAUUUCGAGGGAGCCAGGGUCUUAUUUCUUUCUCUCCAAUUGUAUUGGGCUUGAUACGGAUAAGCAUUUGGUGCAAUGUGAGACUGUAACUGAUGGAGCUGAUAACUUGGAGCCAUGGAAAUUUGAAAUUGCCUACGACAAGCUGGUAAUUGCAUUGGGUGCACAGCCCACAACUUUCGGAAUACGUGGUGUAGAAGAACAUGCCAUUUUUCUUCGCGAAGUCUACCAUGCCCAGGAAAUCCGUAGGAAGCUGCUCCUAAACUUGAUGCUAUCGGAAGUUCCCGGUGUUUCAGAGGAAGAGAAAAGCAGACUCCUACAUUGUGUUGUUGUAGGAGGUGGUCCCACCGGAGUUGAGUUCAGUGGUGAACUAAGUGACUUUAUUCAGAAAGAUGUUCAUCAGAGAUAUGCCCAUGUGAAAGAUUACAUUCAUGUUACCUUGAUUGAGGCUAGCGAGAUAUUGUCUUCAUUUGAUGAUCGCCUGCGGCGCUAUGCUACAAAACAGUUGACAAAGUCAGGAGUUCGUCUUGUCCGUGGAAUUGUGAAGGAUGUCAAAGAUAAGACGAUAGUUCUCAAUGAUGGCACAGAGGUCCCUUAUGGGCUAUUGGUGUGGUCUACUGGUGUUGGUCCAUCAUCUUUUGUAAACUCUGUGCAACUUCCAAAAGCUCCCGGUGGAAGGAUUGGUGUUGAUGAAUGGCUACGUGUUCCGUCCGUGCAGGAUGUGUUUUCAAUUGGUGAUUGCAGUGGUUUUCUUGAAAGUACUGGAAAACCAGUCCUUCCGGCUUUGGCCCAGGUUGCAGAGAGAGAAGGAAAAUAUCUAGCAAAUUUACUGAACAAAAUUGGUGAAGCUGGUGGAGGGCAUGCCAACAGUGCAAAAGAAUAUGUAUACAAGGAACCUUUUGUUUACAAGCAUUUAGGUAGCAUGGCAACUGUUGGGAGAUACAAAGCUCUUGUGGAUCUGAGACAAAGCAAGGAAGCAAAAGGUUUAUCUUUGGCUGGGUUUGUUAGUUGGUUUAUUUGGCGCUCAGCAUAUUUAACAAGAGUUAUAAGCUGGAGGAACAGAUUUUAUGUGGCGAUUAACUGGCUUACGACUUUGGUGUUUGGACGUGAUAUAAGCAGAAUUUAGAUUUUCUAAAGAAAGAAACCUACAUUCUUAUAGUUAUAUAUACACUUUUAUUUUUCCCUUUUUUGGUCUGGGUAAAAGAAUAAAGUGCUUGAUUGCUGGCCCUAAGAAUGCAAUUAAACCUGCAUUCAUGUAUAGGGUCAAAUGUUUAUGAAUUCUUCGAUACUGAGCUAGUAUGCUGCAAAGUUUUUUCUUCCUUGUAAUGAAAAAUGUGAAUUAACUAGUUUAUGCAUUGUAAGUGAAUAUGAUUUUUAUCUAGAAGUUGAUUUAUGUUAGUAAACAAGUUAUUUGGUAUUGAUA